CAAAGUAAUAAAUUCAAGUAACGCCCACACGCACAAACCACACAGAAGUGAAUUGUUAAAACUUUAAACUUCCAUCCGUCAGUUCAGUUUGAGAGCAAAGACCUUGUGUACGUCACUACUUCUAGAACGAGAGGGAAGGUCCAAUGAGGUCAUAGUUCGACAAACAUAUGCAGAUAUAUGGGAAAGUACCAUACACCAUACCCAUCUAUCCCGCAACUGCCGAUCAACAGGUCAUCGACAUAUCGACUUUUGCUUAAUUCAUUCUAGCGACAACAUCGAAAACAUCGAUGCGCAUCAUUUGAUCGACAUCGACACCCCAUAGCUUACACUUAAAAAAGAACUACUCUCGACCAAUUAUACACCCUCCACAACCUUGAACCGAUUAAAAUCUUCGUUGAUUGUCUUCUCCGGCAAUUUGACCCUCUAGCUACGUACCUACCGCCAUCAUCUUGUUGAUCCCGGUCUUUGCGCCGUCAACGCUUACAGUUACUACUAUCGAAUUAACACUUGCGACUCCAGCAUACGAACAGUACAGAGUACCUAGCUUGUUAUAAGUCAAAUAUUUUCACCAUGGAGACCAUGAUCAAGUCGAUCUUUCGCAUAUUGCAGUUCCUUCUCGUCUUGCUCACUACCGCGCUCAUCGGCAAUGUCAUCGCAAGCAACAUCAGCGGCUCCGAGUCCGCCGUCAACUUCACCAUGUUCGUAUGCGCCUUGUCGUGGCUCGCCGUCCUCUACGGUAUAAUCUCGCAUUUCGUCCCCACCGUUUCUAUCCCCGUUGCCGCGCUCGGUCUCGACAGCGCCGCCACCUUAUUCACCUUCAUCGCCGCCGUCGUCCUCUCAGCCAAGUUACAAGCCGUGAACUGCUCUCAUCUGACAAAUAAAGCCAGCGAUUAUAUCGCCUUCGGCUCCAACAACGACGAGAAACGCUGCCGCGAAAUCCAGGCUAGCACCGUGUUCCUCUGGUUCCUCUUUGCCUCGUUCGCCGCGAGCCUCUUCUUCGUGCUGAAGGAGCUUCGGCGCGUCGGCGGUUCCGUUCGCGGGCCUAACAUGUCCCAGAUAGGCGUGUAGGCCGUUGAUCGGAAUGACGGCUACCAUCACUCGGUAUGGCGUGGGGUGUGUGCUACGACCUUACGAGAGAACGAGAGUUACAUGCGCUGGCUAUCGAUUGUACGGCCACGGGGAGUGAACAGACGCUUGAAUGUGAAAGCGAACGAUGGGUUUGGCGUUAGGGUCGGCUUAUAUACCGUGGGCAAAAUCCCCAAUAUUGUGUGUCACACGCAAGCCCUAAAUUCAUCUUUUCCUGGACGUAUUGGAGAAUCAUCAACGUGGUUGGUGGAAUGGUUUUGCUCUUUGAACUAGGAAUACGGAACAAUCGAUGAGUGUAUUAGGAAUUGUAUGGAUUACGCUUGGCAAACGAGCAUUUGUGUCUGGAUUAUUCGGAUUUUAGUUAAUUGAGAUACCAAUAGGGUAUUCAUAAUAAGAACUUCUCAAGUUAAUUCUCUCGUCG